ACGCCAGCGAAUCCAGUGUCACGAUCGAUCACCUCCACCAGUUUCUUCAUUCAAAUCACACCAGACUCCCGAAGAAGUUCGAAUUUCACAAGACCAAUCAAGAGAAGAGCACCGAGCCACUCAACGUGCGAUGAAGCAAAAUUACGCAAGGACAUCACUUGCCUACGCAAGCAUGAAUCGGUUCAGCUCGUACGCAAACUCGGAGCAGUCCACUGAGUGUGAUUCGGCACCGCUGUCGGAAGGAGACCAGACUUACCCUCCGUUCGAGGAGAUCCCUCCUGAUUCACAUAACCAAAUCCAUCGCUUUUCUCAUCGGCAGGAUGGUGCACAUAUUACUCACCGAGGCACUGGAACGCAGCACACAGUUCAUCACUGCGCCGACCCAUGUCCUGUUGCUGCUGGUGCGCGUUCAUCGCACGGUGACUUACCUCAUUGCAACGAUGUGCAACACGGAACACGAAAUCCAUCUCCAGUGGGAAAGGACCUCUUGGAAGCACCACAUGAAGAUAUUCCUGCGCCCCACUCCUUCCCAUUUCCUCUGUUCUGGAAAUCUUGGAAACGAAGAUUAAAUACCAGUGGCUUUCAUAUGCCGGAAACCUUGCCUUUGUCGCCCUUAAGGAAACAUCCGGUUGGUGAUCGGUGUAGGACCGCCUGGAGCAUGAACGGCUCAUGUGGAACCUAUGCUGUCGGCAGCCCAGCUUCCCAAUCGCGAGAAAGCACUGACCCGUCAGGGUCACAGUCUGAUUUGAACGAUUUGGUGAGUGGAAUCUUGAGUGUAUCACGAAUGUUGUUCAUGGACAGUGAGUUGAUUGAACCUGAACGUGUGUGA